CACUGAGACAGUCAAGAUGAAGUUGCUGCUUGUUGUUUCUGCUGUUCUGGCUGUAUCCAGCUGUGCCAUCAUCUCUCUGGAAGAUCUUGAGUUUCGCGCCUGGAAACUCAAGUUUGAAAAGUCAUAUGAGUCUGAGUCAGAGGAGGCUCACCGGAAGCAGAUCUGGCUCAACAACCGCAAACAUGUGCUAAUGCACAACAUCUUGGCAGACCAGGGUUUGAAAUCCUACCACCUUGGGAUGACACACUUUGCUGACAUGGAACAUGAAGAGUACAAACAGCUGAUUUCCCAAAGCUUCCUUGGCUCCUUCAAUGCUUCUCUGCCUCAGCGUGGCUCUGCCUUCUUUCGCCUGCCUGAAGGUACUGAUCUGCCCGACACUGUUGACUGGAGGGAUAAGGGAUAUGUCACUGAAGUCAAGGAUCAGAAGAUAUGUGGCUCCUGCUGGGCCUUCAGCACAACUGGUGUACUGGAGGGUCAGCACUUCAGGAAGACAGGAAAGCUGGUGUCUCUGAGUGAGCAGCAGUUAAUGGACUGCUCUCACAGCUUUGGUAACAAUGGCUGCAAUGGAGGAUCAGUGAAGCGGGCCUUUCAGUACAUCCAAGCCAAUGGAGGAAUUGACACUGAGGCAUCCUACCCUUAUGAGGCUAAGGGUCAACAAUGCCGUUACAAGCCUGAUGGUAUUGGUGCCAAAUGCACUGGCUAUGUUGAAGUGAAACCCAGUAAUGAAGAUGCCCUGAAGGAGGCUGUGGCCACUAUCGGACCGAUAUCUGUUGGCAUUGAUGCUUCUCAUAACUCAUUCAGAUUCUACCAAUCAGGAGUGUAUGAUGAGCCCGACUGCAGCAAGACAGUGUUGAACCACGAUGUGCUGGCUGUGGGUUAUGGUACAGAAAAUGGACAUGACUACUGGUUGAUCAAGAACAGCUGGGGUAUCAGAUGGGGAGACAAGGGAUACAUUAAGAUGAGCAGGAAUAAAUCCAACCAGUGUGGGAUUGCUUCUGAUGCAACGUACCCUCUGGUCUGAAGAGGCCGGAAGAAACCUAUCCUCAUUUUUUCCUUCUGAUUUGACCAAAAUUUAGUUUAAAGUUUUUAACGGUGUUAUGUAACUAAACAUCAUUUUAUUUGUCGGGUCAAGAACCUCUCUUUUCCUGCAUUAGUGUUU